GCUGGUAUCAGAGAGGAGUCUUAAUCGGCUCACUGGAAGCAAGAUAAAUGCAAGUGCCAGUUCCCUGCUGAGCCACAUCCAGCCACUGGCACCUGUGGCCCUCAAGACCCGUCUAUCAUCUGCCCACAUGAGGAGUCCUGCUCCACCUGAGGGCACCCAACAGUCAAGGGCUACUGCCGUAUCUCUGCCAUCCUCAUCAUGAACCUGGAGCUGCCCAAGGCUGAGAUCCGAUCAGCCACCAGAGUGGUAGGAGGACCUGUCACUCCCAGGAAGGGGCCACCCAAGUUUAAGCAGCGGCAAACCAGGCAGUUCAAGAGCAAGCCCCCCAAGAAAGGUGUCCAAGGGUUUGGGGAUGACAUCCCUGGCAUGGAAGGUCUGGGAACAGACAUCACGGUCAUCUGCCCUUGGGAGGCCUUCAACCACCUGGAGCUGCAUGAGCUGGCCCAGUACGGCAUCAUCUAGCCCGACAGCUUUCAGGAGCACCAGACCCUCCAGGUGCCUGCUGUGAGGCUCAUUCAGGGUCCCUGUCCAGAGCUUCCAGCCCUACUUAUACCUGGCUUCCAGGGCAGGGUGACCUCAGGCCCUGGAUAUGGUCACCACAAGCCCCUGCUCACCUUCUAGAGACCGUGGCCCACCCUCGGCUCUCCCCUCUUCGUAGUUGGAAUGCACACAGGAAUGUCCCCUACACCCCAGGCCCCUUGUACUUCCUUUCUAGCUGGUUGGCCGGGUAGCCCGAGGUCAGGAGUCCUCAUUGCAUAUGGUAAGACAAGGUCCCUCCAUUCAUCACACUGACCUUUCUGACGUGGCCUAUCCUUGCUAUCCCUGUUUCAAAAUAAAUUAGCAUGUCCUUG